ACCCUGCCACUGCGCAAUCCCUCCAGCCAGGCCAUCUCAGCGCUGUUAGAAAGUGACCCUAAGAGUCAGUGAUUUGGGGGUGCAAGGUAUUAUUGGAGCUCUCAGCUUGAAAAGUCUCUUUUUCUCCAGUUGGUUUCUGGGCUUGGAUUUUCGUUUAGACACAGUUUGUUAAGGCCGAAGCCCAGUCUCCAGUGUUUUCCUUCUGGGCGUGCAAUACGUGCCUUGUUCACACGGAGGACUUGCUUCCCUUCAGAAACGUUUGACCCGUUAAGAUUUGUGUGUGCUGUGGAGAGUUCUGCAUGAAUUGAAGCAUUCUGCAUGAGGCUGAGCUCUUUGCAGUGCUCUGGUCAACUCUGAGAUGCAUUUAAACUGCAGUAUUUAGCACAUGCGGGGCUAUCGAAUAUGAGCUAUGCCUGUCACCGGAGCUGAAAGCUGAUCACGUAUCAGCCAUUAACAGCUGGUAGAGGGUACCCACUCCAUCCGAACCAACGAUCGCCCAAGCUGGGCAGCGGGACAGAGCUGCCAUUUUCUACUUUAAAAUGAGGACCGAGGGGAGGUUUAUGAACAAAGCCAAACCCCUCAACUCUCCCAUUUCAUACGGAGAAGAUACUGCAGGUUUAAAUGUCUUACAUGGUCAUUCAGUGGUGUAAUGAGUGAGCGGUUCCUGGAAGCAUCUGCUGCUGUAUCCUUUGAUCAGGGACUAGCAACAACAUAUUCUUAGCAAAGUUCUCUCUCCAGCAGAGCGUGCGCGAUGCAAACAGUAAGGCUCUCUCCUCCAGCCUCAUUCCCUCACUCCAUUUGCUUUGUAUCGUCUGCCUUUGUCUACACUCCCCUGCCCUCUCCUUGCGCUCAGUAUUUCCAGCCUGCCCAUUGCCAUUACACCACUAAGGACAUGUAAAGUCUAGAGUGUGUGCAGAGAAAGGACAAUGUGGAGCUCUGUCCUGAGGGAGAUGUUUUUUCCCCCCCUGCCUUAGCUUGGGACCGAGAGUUACUACAAUCACGAAGGCUGGAGGUAUUCCCAUGCACACAAUGGCAUUCUGGGACCCUUCGGACAGCUGAUGACUGAGGAGGACAUAAUCCGCAUUGAGAAGCAAAUCGAGAGCCUCCAAGUGAUGCACAAAGUUCAGAAGGUGGAGACGGAGCUGGAACAGCUGGAACACGAAAUGCAGCAGCUCCUACCACUCUCUGCUGCCUUGGCAAAGGAGCAUUUCACGGCAAACCCCAAGCGCAUGCAAGGCCAAGCCGAUGACCUCCCGGCCUGGUGCAGCAAAAUCUCCACUCUCCUAAAGAGCAUGGCCAUUCUCCUGGCUAUGCUUGGGGGCAAGGCAGUCAACCUGGCAGAUAUGGUGAGCCCCGACACAUCCGAGCACACGAGACAGGCCGCGAGCACCUCGCCCAAGGCAGCACCGCUAAAAGAGGGCUCUGCUAACAUCGGGAGAUCGCAGUCCUUCAGCUGCACUCGGGAGGAGGUGGAGAAGGAGAUUGUGCAAUAUGGUGUGUCGGUGAAGAACCUGAAGGCCAACUAUGAGUUGCACACGCAGUGCCAGCUGCUGGAGGCUGUGUCCAGCAGGGUGUACAAGCGGAAGAGGUCCCUGCCUGUGGGAACCAUGCCAUACAGCUACAGCCGAGAGCCCAUCCUGGAGGAGGAUUAUAUAACGAGCAGCGAUCUGUUCAGUGCACUAAGCGAAGAUGCUGCAGCGGAUGGCAUAGAGCCACCCAGGACGCUAGAGCAGGCUCCCUUGCCCUACUGCGAAGCUGGGCCCCGGCCCUCCAGAGACACAGAGACACAGAGUGCAGCCACGGAGCCUUUCGGGGAGGCCCUAUUUAGUGCCGACCACCUGACCAGAAGCCUCCCCGUGCAGACGGAGCUGAGCUGCGUGCAGGAUUAUAUUGACAUGCGGAAGGAGCGGAUCGUCUACCUCUUCCUGGAGCACUGGAAGAAGUGGACGUUCACCGAGUCGGUUAGCCACGCUCGCCCCAAGAGGAAAAUGGGGCUCGCCGAAACGCUCGACUCAGAGGUCAGCGCCCCGCUCCCCAUGGCGACCGGGAAGAAACCCAGCGAGGAUGACCGGCUCUUGUACUUCAUGAAGCAAAGGCAGGUGGUGGGGAAGCUGAUCGCCCACUGGAGAACCAUCAUCAGCCAGGUCCCGACGCGGCAGAUCCGCCGCCUGAGCCGUGCUAGCAUGUUGUACUGGCCCGAGCACUUCCUGCCGCGCGUCUGUGGCUCCCCAGCAGCAUACGGCAGCCUGACGCUGGACCUCUUCAUGCUGGGCUACUUCCAGCUCCUGGAGAUGAGCAUGAGCCGCGAGGAGAGGAAGUUCCGGCACCUUCUGUGCUACGAGAUGUUUGACCGGCUGGGCAGCCACAGCUGGGAGCUCAUCCGCCAGUUCCACAAGGUGGUGAUGGAGGAGAUCGAGGCCGGGAAGCGGGACUGGCUGGAUGGCUUCGAAGAUCUCAAACAGGAGUUCUUUGGGGACAGCCUGGAGCCGGAGCCAGCGGCCGCAGCGGAACCAGAGCUCCCAGCAGGAACCCAGCCUCCACUGCUGCUCCAUCAGGAAUCCUCCCAGAGCUUAGUCAGUGAUGCCCCACAGCCCGCUCCAGCGCCCGAUGAACUGGGCCUUGCCCCUGCCCCUAAGAGCAGGGAGAGCUCCAUCCAGCUAGUCUCCGAGCUAGGGGAGUUCAGCAACGAGGACAUUUGUCGCUACAUAGACCGUAGCUUCUCCUUCUGGAAAGAGAAGGAGGCGGAGAUGUUUGAUAUCUGAGCGCCCCCCCAGCAGUGCCCAGCGCACGCUGUCUCAGAAGCAGGCAGGGGCCUCCGUGCCCUUGCCCCACACGGCUCACAAGUCGCAGGUAAAGGCGAUCGCAUCCUCUUUGAGGUGGGAUGUUGGUCCAUCUCAUAGAGGGAAUUGCUGGCUGAGAAGCAGCUCCAGUGACAGCAGGGGACAAUCAAACGUGCGCCGGCCCCAGAGGACUUGACAAGGGCUGUUUGGCUCAGUUAAUUAGUUGAGGGACCCAUUGUAUUUCCAAGAUGAACUGAGCCCAACCUGUCUGAGCCCAAGACAAACUUUGGGGAGAGGCCUGUAAUCAUUUUAUGUGAUGGCUAGGUGAAGAGCUAUAAAACAGAACAAAGAAACACAUAUUCCCCGGCUGAACCCAGUACAGGAUUCUACUGGGCAGACUAGGGACUCUGAAUAGAAACAAUUUAGUAUUCAUAUAAGUAGCGUCAGAGGGGCCCCAAUCCUGCAGUUGUUACUCAGGCAGAACUCCCAUGGGCUUCAGCAACUUGUGACCUCAAUGGCAGUUUGGUUUGCAUAAGAACUGCAGGAUUAGUCCCAGAGUCUGCACUGCUCUGUUGAAUCCUGAAUUCCCUACAUGGACCGUCUCAGAGUCCUUCUUUCUCAAGAGAAGCUUCUUGCGUGCUCCCUGCUGGCUGAACUGACCAGGGUGCGACUGUAACCAUGUGUCACGUGACGCUGUGGCUGUUUGCCGUUUUCCGUAGGAGGUGGUCCAUGGAUUUUCCUCUCGAGCAGCGUGUACAUUUGCUGUAGUUCUGAAUUAGCUGGAGGAAGAGCUAAUCCCUGACAAAUGUACUAUGACACAAGCUUCUCCAGUUUUCUGCAUUUUACAGACACUUCUUUAGCUAAUGUUUCCUUUAGCUGGGAAGAGAGUGAUUUGGGAGUAGGAACUGGUAUGAGCAUCCCCAUCCUUCCUCUGGCGAGGCGGAGGAACGCACCAGUGUUGCCCUGGGUCCAUACUGAGCACAGGCUGAGUGCUGUACUAAUUGGUCUCACAGUGCAUGGUUCUGCAACCAGAUUAGCAAUUCCGUAUCAUGUUAAAGCCGUGUGGAGAAUUCCCUUUGAUGCUGUGUGCUUUCAAACUAAAGACCACUUGGACCACAUUGUUCUUUGAAGAUUCCCAAGAGUCCCAAGCUUGCCCUAGUGGAAUGUGCAUGGCUUGGAAUGGAAAUAGGACCAGAGUGUUUAUUGUAUAGACAUUUGGAAAUGAGGUUUGCUUUAAAUGGGGGGAGGGUGUGUCUGUGCGCGUUUUGCAUCUUCCCUGACACUGCUUGUGACAAUGAAGGAAUAAAGCUCUCUGCUCUCGGAAGGGAGUGUCGAGGCUGUUUCAGUGGGAUUUGGGACCCUCGACACCUUGCUCUGGGGCACUGGCUGUUCCAAGCCAAGUGUCCUGCAAACACCCAAGGAAUAGGGCCAGAUGUAUAUUUGUCCUGGUGAAUGUGGCCUGAAGCCCAGUGCCCAGCGACUAGCCUGGUUCCUGCAGCAUCAAAACAGCCAACUUUAAAGAAAGGAAAAGAUGGGGGGUGUGGGGGAGGGUGGCAUAUAAAAAUCCUUCACCGUAGCUGUGCCAGCAGCAGGAAAGCCCUGAAGGACGGCACUCUUGCACUGUCAAGCAGCAGGUUGGUUUGGUGGUGAGAGCAUGGCUUGGUCCUGCUAAUGGGAGAUUGUGCGGGCAGCCCCGUGUCUGACAAGCCUCACUUCUGCUAACACUGGGCUGUUGGAGCCCCCAGCCCAGGGAGUAGCCCUGAGGGUUCAAGCUUCCAUGGGCCAGUAAUCAGGCUAGACAGCAGGGAUGAGUGAUCCAAGCAUAAUGUGUGGGAAACUUCCAUCUGGCAUGGCCCUGUGGGCCCGAUCCUGCUGCCAGUGGUUUCAGUGGUGGCAGGGUUGGGCCCUGUCUCAUGGAGACACACAGAUGAAAUCAGGACCAGCCUGAAUGCUGCCCCAGCUCUGAGCUCGUAGGGCAGGAUGUAGUUGACUCUAACUCCAUCCCAGUCACAUUUCAGGGCCUGGUCUGUUGCCAAGCCUGGUUCCAAAACCCGCUGGGACACGAGAGGGGCUGUUCUCCCAGCAUCCCCAGCACAAGCCAGGAAUUAUCCAAGAGCUCGCUCCCAUGGGACGCACCAGCCAAGAGAGGCUGGCAGACUUUCCGGGGCUGCGAGCGUCGCUCUUCGCAACCAAAGCAGGAGUUAGACGGCAGCAGAGCCAUGCCACGGAGCGUCCCGCCAGGUCACGCCCCCAACGCUGCCUGAGAGGCUGGGGGCUGGUGCAGGCGAGAGCUCGCUGACUCUUCUCCCGCUGAUGCACAUAAAAGCGGAGGCACGCAGUGGUGAGAACCGGCUCCUCGGAAACCAUCAAGCGACCUGGGAAAGGGGGAGUUAGGGGAAGGGUUGCUCGCUCCACAGGUGCUGCCUCCGAUGCGUGGCACUGUUGAUUAGUCAGGACAUGUGCCGAACCCUGGACUUCCCACAUGGCUUUAGUCCUGCCCAGCCCUUCGAUGCCAAGAGCUCGGCUGUUGCCUGCGUUGUGGUCAGAGUGCCCCAGAGAAGAAGCCAUCUGUCUGUAGCCAAAGGCGACCGGUCCCACACCAGGCCGGGUUCAUUCUUUCAGUCUUAGGGGAGUGGUUUGGUUGGGGGAGCAGUGAUCGGCUGUAGGGACAUGGGGCUGAGCCCCGAGAGCCGUGUCUGACAGCAGCCAGCGCCACGUGCCCCAGGGGAAGGCAUAAGAGGCCUGCAGCAGUAGAUCUGGAGGAAUCUGCGCCCCCACACUGGGUCCCAUCUUGGUCGCCCAUCGUUAGCACUUGGCUGAAGACUGAGGCGUAAGGGCCAGGAUCCCAUCCUGUGGAGUUACUCUGCGAUCACACUGCUGGGACGGAGAGCAGGCCUGGCCCUGCCCGUUCAAAUCUAUCUCUGGAAGUAAAGGCUGAAAGACGGUCCUGUUGGCCAACUCUUUGGUGGCCCGGGGGAGGCUGGUGCUUUUAGUCCCAUUCCCUCAUCAAACACUAAAAUAACAUCCCCUGGGCUAGCACUAACGGGCAAAGCCACCAACUGCCCAGAGGGAGGAUGCUGAACUAACCUCUCCCAUCCCAAAGGGGCUCUCCAAGGCAGGGUGAGGCAGAGUGCUGGGGAGACCAUGGGAACCUUGCACUGGCUACUGCCU